CCGGUUUCCCCAGACUUGUCCCACUUGUGAUCCUAACCCGACUUGUACUCCUUUGAAACCUAUCUGAUCGUGCACAAUCUCAAAGCCGAUUGUUUUUGUCGUGUUCGUGCGCCUAGGCUGAGGGGCUUCAUUGGACGAUUACGCAAUUCCAUCACGUCUGAUCUGCAGCACCAAAUAGCUUCGCGACUUCUUUCAUUGCGCCACAAAGGACAUGCCAUUUUGAGCUCUUUUCGGACGCGACACAAUCCUGGAAAGCGCGAUCUCCACCUUUGACUGCCGCAACGCAUCUCAGCCGCAUAGCGACUUCCUCGCCAUAGGCGCCUUAACUAUUUUAGAGAGUUUUACUCACAUCACGCAACCAUUUUCUAUCUGCUAGCAAAAGUUUUGGAGUUCUUCCGCAACAUUAUGGUGGGGAAGCGCACCUACUCAAAUCGAGAAAAGCAGCGGAACGCCUACAAGAACGAUCCAUCUCCGGAUAGCAGAAAGCGACUCAAGCAAGAUGAUACAGACGAGCAGAGUUGGCUUACCCCAACAUCAAGCCGAACGGGAACAGUGGCCUCAACACUAAAGAGAGCAUCGGGCAGGUUUGGAGGGCCUGUUUCUAUUCCCGAGGAUGGAAUGGAUGUCGAAAAGUGUUCCGAGCCGAACGGUAAGCCUACAAGUGUAUUCGACAAAGUCGCCAAUGGACGGUCAAAUCUAGCAAUACCGCAGCAGGCCAGCAUUCACGGCAGUAGAGACGCUUUCAAUACGACUAUGAAAGGUCGGAGGAACUCCAAGCAAAGCAAUACUAGGCCCCAAUCUAGUUAUCUUCCCACACCACCUGCAGAAGUCCAGAAACCUAGUGGUUAUGGUAUAAGCAGUAGGCCAUCGAGUUCAAACGGUUGCGCAAUCUCACCUGCAUCGAAAACUGCUACCGCCAAUGGGUCGAUAGAAACAUCGAAACUGUUGGAGAAAAUCAUCGAUAACGAGAAAACCGAACCGUCGUAUACACCUAGAGAGUAUGAAUCUGACAAGACCCCGGCACCGCGCAAAGACAUUCAUGGUGACUAUAUGUCGAAGAGGUCUAAAGAGGCUCGAUUGUGGCAUGCAAACCAGUCCAACUCACCACUCCUACGUCUGCCUGCUAACGUCCGAGAACGCAUUUACAAGCACGUUCUUGGCGGUAACACCAUCAACAUAUGCUACAAGACCUACCAACUCGACAGAACGGGCUAUGACAAGCCGCCCAUUCUAAGUCCGGUCUUCAAGUACCACUGUACCGUUUUCAAAGGCAAGGCAUCUCCAUACAAGCAAACAGAGCAGCCAUGGAUCAAAACCUCGACUGGAUUUACGCUGUUGAACGGUGUAUGUCGCCAGCUGCACCAAGAGACAUCCAUCAUGCCGUACGAGCUCAACGUCAUCGCAUUCGACUCUCACCUCACCAUGUGGAACUUCUUAUUCAUGGAGAACCGGCUCUCUCGCAAGCAGCGUCACGCGAUCACUCACCUCAUGCUUCCGGAUGCGCAACCACAGGCGAACAUGCUGACGUACUUGCCCAAUCUUGCAAAGUUCUUCCUUGGUCGUCAGAUUACGAUGGAGGACCAUACACAACUUGCGAACGGAUGGUACAAAGUCAUUCGUCUAGAUGGUCGGGAGCCGAAACUGGUGCAUUCGAGGAAUAUCUGGUGAGCACGGUUGAGCAAGAGUUGAGACAUCGCUAUGGGAGUUCAGGUCAUGGAGCAUUGAUACAGCAAGCGUCAGAGGUUGAAGGUGUUGACGGGGACAACGGCGUUGCGCAUUUAAGCGGGUAUUUGCAUGGAAAUGGUUUUGGUUGAAUUCGAGGUCAUGGUGCUUAUUGCGAAUGCCUCAUUUUGUACGGCGUAUAGGCACACUGAUCGAUGCUGGAUGGAUAUCGCGAUUGAGGUCUAUGUUAAUAUUAUCAAACUUGCCUAGGAGUAGGCUUUCUACCACGCACAUCCCAAUAGCGAACAUGAUC